GCAGAGAAAGAGGACAAGACAAGCUAAAUAUACAGAAAGGAUCCCGUCGGCGCCUGGGAACCUGAAGGAUCCUGAGGAGGCAGUUAGGAUAGGGGUAGCUGCCGGAGUGAUAAUGCUGUGAGGGGAACUGCUCAGGUAAAGCUUGACCAGGUUGGGUUUUUCCUCAUCUGUGUCCUGAGAGCAUCCUGUUCAGGAUCUGGUCUGAUCUGAGGAGACUACAGCACUAUGGGGGCCUCUGGUAAUAAGAUGUCUCUCCUUUCAGGGCUCCUUGUGCUUGUGCUGUGUGUCGUCUCUUCUCUCUGCCAGGAGGAUUAUUCUGAAUACCACUCAGGUGUGGAAGACCCCUAUAAAGAGUUGUCUUCUGCUGAACACUAUGACAACGUAGCUUCUGGUCAACCAGGUGAGACCAAUUAUGAGCCUGAGCCAACUGAAAACUAUGAGGACCAGCUAAUAGAGGAGGAUGACAAUGAAAGGACUCAGGUCACCAUGGUCACUGAGGAUGCCUUUCCCUUUGCCACCACAACAGAGUCCCACUAUGCCAAAGAGGACAAAGAGACCAUGCAGGUGCCAUACGAGUAUCCUCCAGGAGGACCUGACACUGACUCCUCCUCAGAGGAGUUGGGCCUUGAGAAGGAGGGGCCGACAGACUGCAACUGUGAACCAGGAGAGCCCGGAUUUGCUGGUUUUGCAGGACCGAAAGGAUCCAGAGGUCUGCAGGGUCAAACCGGCCGUCCAGGAAUUCAAGGCAGAGAGGGUUAUAAAGGAACCAAAGGGGUUCAAGGAAGAAGAGGAGACGCUGGACCAGUUGGCAAUGCUGGACCUGAAGGAGAAGAAGGAGGUUCUGGUUUUUUUGGAGGGAUGGGAGAACCUGGACUUCAAGGUGACCCAGGGGUCUCUGGAGGACCUGGUCUGAAGGGUGAUGUCGGUAUGACUGGACCCCGCGGAGGAGUUGGAGCUCCUGGUGAGACUGGGCCUCGUGGUGACCUGGGUCCUCCUGGUUCUAAAGCUGGUAAAGGUAUCAAGGGGUCUCGCGGCGACCAAGGCAAGCUGGGUCCUCUGGGAAAAGAUGGACCAAAGGGUCAGACCGGAGCGCCUGGGUUUCCAGGUGACGUCGGUGAGAGAGGCUACAAUGGUUAUCCAGGACAGCCAGGAGCCUUCGGACCAAGUGGAUCAAAGGGCACUAAAGGUCACAGCGGCCUUCCAGGCAGCGACGGUGAACCUGGAGAAGAUGGACCUUUAGGAGUCCCAGGGUUGAUGGGAGAGCCUGGACCAUUUGGUGUCAAGGGCAGUAAAGGGGAUCGUGGUGUCAGAGGACGUCGAGGCAGAGUGGGCAGAGUGGGAGCUCUAGGAGAGCAAGGAGAUGCUGGAGUACCUGGAAAACCAGGACCAAAGGGCCUUCCAGGACAGACCGGGGCCAAAGGUGAGACGGGAUCUGAUGGGGAGAAGGGUGCAGAAGGAAAAAAGGGCAGUAAAGGGGAAAGAGGACAAAAGGGAAGCAGGGGAGAUCGCGGAGACAAGGGACAGAAAGGGCCGAAAGGUGGGGUCGGCCGUGCUGGUGUCCCCGGCCCUGUUGGACCUCCCGGCAUCCCAGGGACCAGAGGAGAACGUGGUCCGAUCGGUGACCCAGGUGUUAAUGGCCAAGUGGGACCAAAAGGAGUUCAAGGUCCAUCUGGUCCUGGUCUGACUGACGAGCAGGUCCUACAGCUCUGCAGAGGUGUGGUCACAGCCCAGAUCGCCCAGUACGCCCAGUCAAUCCGAGCCAAGUGCUCCCAGGGUUGUCCCAUUAACAACCGGACAUUGAUUGGACCACCAGGGGUCCAAGGACCACUGGGACCACCAGGCAAAGCUGGUAAAGCAGGAAAAGCUGGAGCAAAAGGAGGCAGAGGUGUUCAGGGUGACAAAGGGCUGGAGGGACAGAAGGGAGCUCAGGGAGAAAGAGGUCAGAAGGGACCUAAAGGCAUCACAGGUGAUCCAGGUAAAGGCCUGCAGGGACCUGAUGGACCACAGGGACUCAGAGGUCUGCCGGGUCACCCAGCUGAACCCAAAAAUGGCAUGGAGGGCGCCCGCGGACCUCGUGGCUUCCCUGGUCCGGUGGGUGUACUUGGUAUGGUUGGUAUCGCAGGUGUGCCGGGAUUUUGCGAGGCGCGGGACUGCAGCAUUCACGCGCCGGUGAUGCGCAAAGAGCAGGGUCUGGUCAAAGGGCCCACGAGUACAAAAAUCUGAACCUGAGUGUAAACACAAAGGACCGCCGUGGCACCACAGAGCUUCUGGAGGCAACACCACGGUUCAUAACAUCAACAGGAGCUUCUUCCCCUCAAGAAAAGGCUUGAAAUGAACACUUACAUCCUAAACCCAAGUUUCACUAGAUACAGUUCAGCCCAAUGUCUUGAGAUUUCAUUAAAUAAGAGUAAAUUAUCCCUUCCUCUUGAUUAGUUUUUUGUUUUCUCUAAUAAAUAAAUACAUUUUGCUAUGUAAAUAUUAUGUAAAGAACCUACUGUGCUAUGAAAAAGUAUUUCAGAUAAACUAUGUUUUUUUACCCCAAGUCUCCUGUUUGUCAGUCGUCACAUUUUAAGACUUGGUUGUUUAUUUUGUGAUAAAUAUUAAUAAGAAAUAA